GCGCCGAGGCAGCGAGCUGGGAGCCCGGACAGCCGCCGCCGCCGCGCCCGGCCCUCCGCGGGCGCGGCUCGUCCUUCCCUUCCCCGCUGGGCCCGGACUAAGCCGACGGAGAGGGAUGAAGGGGGGGAUCCCGAGCGGGAGCUGGAUGCACACUGCUACAGGAGACCUUUCCUCCGAGCUGCUGCUGCUGCUGCUAAGUUUCAGAAACCGGCUGUGAACAGGUCACCCUAAAGAAUGGCCGAGCCUUCUGGGAACGAGCUGGCGUCCGCGGCUGCCAAGGGGGACCUAGUGCAACUUACUAAUUUGUUGCAAAAGAAUGUAAACGUCAAUGCACAAAAUGGAUUUGGGAGGACUGCGCUGCAGGUGAUGAAACUCGGCAACCCCGAAAUCGCCCGGCGGCUGCUCAGCAACGGGGCCAACCCCAACCUGAAAGACAGUACCGGCUUCGCCGUCAUCCACGACGUAGCCAGGGAGGGCUUUCUGGACACUUUGCAGACUCUGCUGGAGUUCGAAGCCGACGUUAACAUCGAGGACAACGAGGGCAACCUGCCGCUGCACCUGGCGGCGCAGGAGGGCCACGUGCGGGUGGUGCAGCUGCUGCUGGCGCGCUCCGAGUGCAAGGUGGGCCACCAGAACAAGCGCGGCAACACCGCCUACGACCUGGCCAAGCUCUACCGCCGGGCGGCCGUGGUGGAACUGCUGGAGGCCAGCGGCAGCGCCGUCCCGCCCGGCAUGGACUGAGCCCCGCCACGGCGGCGGCUCCUUUGGACCUGAGGGUGUGCAGACUGCUUGGGGUGUUUCCCUCCUUUUUAACAACGUUUGUUGCCACGUUUUUAUUUUCUUUUUUUUUUUUUUUUUUUUUUUCCUUCUGAACAGCUGGUAGUGUAAGUCUCGAGAAAUUCCAGAGGUGGGUUUUUAGACAAUGGAAAUGUUUUGAAUCCAUGCUCCCAGCAGUUUCCUAUACCUUUCACUUUCACACAUACUCAUCCGUGUGUAUGUUGGUUGCUCAUGUCUAGUUUUCCAGUAUCAACUUUUACAAUUUAUUUUAGGUCAUUCGUAUCAAGUCAUUAAUACAAGAGCUACUAUUCAUUCACUUGCUUAAUAUUGCUGGACCUUUAAGAAAAGGAAAUAGUUUACUGUGAUUUCUCCCACCUCUCAAUGCACCCCUCCCUUCUCCUCACUCCCCCCUUCCCUUUCGGUCAGGCUCAAGAGUCUGAGGUCCUGUUUUAGCUAAAGACAUCCUAAACAUCCUUUUAACAAGGGGUCACCUGCAGCCCCUGCACAGGCAGAGCUGGAAGUCAAAGGCUGCGUGGCCAGAGGACAGUGGAUGGCGCUUAGAUGCUUUAGGCAGUAACUGCAUUUUGUCACUAACAAGAGCUUGUAGAACUAGGUCACUUACUUUCUAAAUUUACAUGACACUUUUCCUCUUUGUGUAUUUAAACUUUCACCAAUCUGGUUUUGAAUUUAGUUACCAGAAACAGUAUAAGCGGUGUUUCUUCGAGUGCCAGAGGUUUUAAACAGCUCAGUUUAGUAGUUCGUGUUUACUGUGCACUGCAGAGGACGUUUUUUUUUCUAGUUUCAAAACAAGCAGCAGAGAACCAUUGUCAAAGAGGACACGAAAGCUGCGAUGCAACACUUCUGGUCGCUUCGUCUGCUGAUUGCAGUUUAGAUGUUCUCUAAGUAAUAUUUGCUUUCCACCAAUAUUCUGGUUUGUCUGGAAAUAAACAAUUUUAAUCACAGCA